UAUUUAUUUAUCUCUGCGAGUGGGGAGAUUGUUUAAUUUUGCUUUUACUUUUACAAUAAUUAAAGGUUAAUCUAAUUCGUUUUUUUUUCAAUUAUUGUCUUCAAGUUUAUUUCGAUUUUAAUUUUGUGUAAAUCUAUUACCGAUGGGUACUCGAGUAUACGUUGGUAGGUUACAUUAUGAUGUACGGGAAAGGGAUAUAGAAAAAUUUUUCAAAGGCUAUGGCAGAAUCAGAGAGAUCUUGAUGAAAGAUGGCUUCGCCUUUGUGGAAUUUGAUGACCACAGAGAUGCUGAUGAUGCUGUUUAUGAUCUUAAUGGUAAAGAACUAAUGGGUGAAAGGGUGCAUGUUGAAUUUGCUAGAGGACCAUCACGUGGAAGAGCGCGGUUUCGGCCAUAUGGAUCUUCAAGACCUUAUUAUUCUAGCAGUCGAGGAGGUGAUAGACCUUCCGGUGGUGGAGGAGGUGGUCUAACUUAUGCUGAGAAUGGAUCCAAAAAUGUCUCUAACUCUAGGUAUGGCCCCCCCAGGAACACCGAAUAUCGAGUGAUCGUGGAAAAUCUCAGUAGUCGAGUCAGCUGGCAGGAUUUGAAAGACUUUAUGCGUCAAGCUGGCGAAGUCACUUAUGCUGAUGCGCAUAAACGUGAAAGAAACAUGGGCAUCGUCGAUUUUGCCACUUAUGCUGAUAUGAAACAAGCUCUCGAAAAACUUGACGGAGUAGAUUUACAUGGAAGGCGGAUAAGACUUGUCGAAGAUAAAAGUCGACGUCGAAAGGGUAGCAGAAGCAGGUCCCGUUCCAGGUCUCGUAGUCGAUCUAGGUCACGAUCUCGUUCGCGAUCACGAUCAAGGUCCCGCUCUCGAUCUCGUUCACGAAGAAGCUCCAAAUCCAAGAGUCGUAGUCAGAGUCGCGAAAGAGCCGACCGAGAAAGUCGAUCUAGGUCAAAAUCGCCCAAGAGAAAUAACAAAUCUAAAAGCAAGUCCAAAUCUAAGAGUCGAAGUCGUAGCGGGAGUCGCGGACGUGACAGGAGUCGAGAACGCAGUCGAGAGGUAACUCGUAGCCGCAGUCGAAGCCGAAGUCGCAGUAAAUCAGCCAAUGUUAAAGUGUCGCGUUCCCGCUCACGAAGCGCUGAAAGUCGAAACAGGUCAAAAUCACGUUCUCGAUCACGAUCCAGGUCCCAUUCCAAAACUAGAAAAUCUCGCUCAAGGUCUCGUGAACAAUCAAGAUCUCGCUCCAGGUCCGCCUCACCGCCCAAAAACAACGCUAACGGCGGAGAAGGAGGUGACAGUAUUGAGGAUCAAGUCAUGUCUGAGAAAUGAUCCAAUUAAUUUAGAUUUCAUUGUUCCUCUUUUCCAAUUUUCUUUUUUCAUGUGUAACCUUAUCAUUUCAUAAUUGAUUAAAUUCCGAGGAACUCUUACUUGUGUUUCUCUGAUUUUCUAUCAAAA